AUGUUUAAUCGUAUUAAGAACAAGGUGCUCACGGCAGUGGCCCUUGACCAACCGGCGCUUCCGUCUGGUGGCUCGACCCAGCAAGCGUACGGUGGUGCGAGUUCUGGCAGUGGUCGUGGCACCAGCAACAAGGACUACGACUCGAGUGGCAAACGUUUGCCGAAGAAGUUCCAGUACGCAAGGCCCCCCUUUCUGCAGUUGCUGACGUAUGACGAGCUGAAGGCAAGCGCCGACCACAACGUGCGGCCGAUCAUAGUGCCGCGUGACAUAACGCUGCUACCAUGGAGCACCGGUUAUGCGGAGUGUGUCAAUUCGGGCAAAUCAAAAUGGAAUGAGGACCAGGCGGCAUUCCACCGGCAGGUACUGUCGCACCCGUCCAAACAGUAUCACGACCUACCGUACACGUACUUCGGCAUCUACGAUGGUCAUGCCGGGUAUGGGGCGGCCCUAGCGGCGGCGAACCAGUUUCAUUACAUACUGCACGAGAAGCUGGUGGACAUAAUCGAUCUGCUGAUGCCGCGGGUUGAGAGUGAGAAUGGGUUCGCGAUGCCACUGCACGCGACCCUGCCCCAUCCGAGCCUGUUUCACAAGCAGGUGUCGAAGGAUGAAUUGAUUGUGGGCGCACUGGAGGCGGCCUUCGCCGAUAUGGAUGCGGUACUGGCGGAGGAUCGGGACAAGUAUCGAAAUGCGGGCGGGUGUACCGCGCUGGUCGCACUGUUCGUACUCGGCAAGCUGUUCGUGGCGAAUGCGGGCGAUUCUCGGGGUGUGCUGUGUAAACGGGUAAAGCGCCGCAAGUUGCCACUCCAGCGGAUUGAGUGUAAUGGAGUUGUGGCCGGUGCAAUUGUUGAAGCAGAACCGGAACGGGAGGAGGACGAGUUCGAGGUGGUAGCGGAACCAUGCUCGUUUGAUCACACUCCGGACACGGAGCGGCCCCGGUUGCUGACGGUCGGCAAACACAAUCCGGCCCUGCUCGGUGGUGAGUACAUCGCGAUGGAGUACGCAAAGAAACCGACGACGAAGGAUCUUGGGGCGCGUAUUUUAUACCGACAAGGUGCAAUGAAGGGCUGGACGUACAAGACGCUCACAGCAACCGAUUUGAAGAUACCGCUGAUAACCGGUGUCGGCAAACGGAGCCGACUGCUCGGUACGAUUGGUGUAACUCGCGGGUUCGGUGAUCACGAUCUGAAGGCGCUCGGUAGUAACCUGCCGAUCAAACCAUUCCUAAGCGCACACCCGGACGUGGUGUGUUUCGAUCUAUGCCAGGUGCGAAGUGAUCCGGAGGACGAUAACAGUGACGGCGAGUACGGACUGCUGGUGAUGGCAACCGAUGGCCUGUGGGAUGUGAGCGAAUCGCUACAGGUAGCUAAUACGGUUUUUGGAACACUCAAACGAUUCCCAGCGGAACGGCACCGGUACACAAUGGUCGCUCAGGAGCUGGUGGCUCGAUCGCGUGGCCGUGCGAAUGAAUCCGGCCACUGGCGGCUGUCGGAUUCGCGUGCCGCCGCAACAGUGGAUGACAUCUCCGUGAUCGUUAUACCGGUGUACCAAUACUACCAGGAGUAUCGCGAAUGGACGCAAACGGUUGCGGCACGAAACCAGAUGCGAACCGCGAACGCGAACGUAGUCGCCUCGGUUGCCGAAGCAGAACUCGCCCAGGAACCGCGUACGACCACAAACGAAAUGAGCUCCUCGUCCGAAUCGGAACCGCCCGAGGAAGGGCAAGAAGCUGAAAACAAUCUCCAUACGAUCAAUCUACCGCCGGCAGGUGGGAAAAUCGUACCAAUGGGUCUUGCCGACGCGCUUCCCGCAAAAUAA